AUGGCCCACUCUGCAAUCCCACUCACUCAUGGCAAGCAUGAUAUGCUUGACCAGGUCUCGCAACUUAAUGGCCGAACAUUUAGCGACGACCCGGUCAUUGCUUACAUGCUCCUUGAUAUGUCCAGAGAAGAGCGACAUGCGUAUUUACCGACUUAUUGGUCUGUUUUCGUCAAGUCAGCCUUGCUGAAUGACGCGGUGAUCACAGAGGCCGACGGCUGGAAAUCCGCAGCCGUGGUCCUUCCACCUGGUAAGAAAGUCGAUAAUACGUGGACAUUGUUCUCGUCUGGGUUUGGAGGUGUGUUGUGGAAAAUGGGGUUCUCUGGUCUCAAGGUACGGAAGGGUGCAAUGGGAGAAUCUUUCAAGCGACUGUUCUCCAACUUCUUGGGCAUGACCGAUAAUGCGAAGAAGAUUGGUCUUCGGGGUCAACAGCGAUAUUAUUACAUAUUCACUAUCGGCACCGAAACCGAGCAUCGCGGCAAAGGACUUGCAAGGGCCAUCAUACAAGAUUAUAUGAGGAAGGCACAAUUCGAGAAUCUUCCAAUAUGGCUUGAAGCUACAACUCCAAACUCACGAAAGCUAUAUCUGUCCCUUGGGUUCGAGGACGUCGAGAAAAUCGUCUUGGGCAAGGGCAAAGUCGACGAUCAGGCUCAACUGCAGUGCGAAGGCUCCGGAGUGCCUCUUUGGGCGAUGAUUUGGUGGCCCUCGCAGUCUACGGCUGAAGCGUCUUCUUCGGCUUAG